UCUAUCUAUCUAUCUAUACACUAGUGGUUGGAUUUUGAGAGAAUACUGAGCCAGUAUGAUGAGUAGAAACAGAGCUGUAUUAAAGAUGGAAAACUUAUCCAUCAAUUUUCAAGCCAGGUCACCGUAGUGGUGGACCAAGACUACUUGACAUAUGUUAUAUAGCUAUAAAAAUAUGGAUAGAAAAAAUCUUACCAAUCUUACUAAUAUUUUUUAUUUCAUAACUACCUUUCUAUCUGAUGUAUUUUUUUGUUAUGCAGUGUCAGUGGAGAUGGUAACUCUCUUUACAGAUCUAUUUUUGUGUUGCUGAUUUGCGAUGAAACCCUGGCUUUUGAGAAUUUUGAUCAACCGCUUGACAAUAUUUUUGUGCAAUGUUUAUCGGAUGGUUGUGAUGUGUAUACAAAGACCAAGUCAAGAGAACUGGCCAUAAUUGAGUAAGCAAAAUGUGUUUCAAAGUCCUUCAUUUGGUCAUCAUUUAAUGUGUGUUUUAUCAAUUUUUAAUGUAGUUGAGGUAUAAUAAUUUUUUACUAAAUGCCUAAACUCCUGUGAUCAAAUGGUAUGAUAUUUAUGAUACAAUUUCGUAAAAGGUUCAGGUUCGAUUCCUGACAGGAGGAAACUAUAUGUGAUGCAGGCAGUACCUUUAAAAUUUGUGUCACUCUAUAUAUAUUUUUAAUUUUGUAGCAUCCUAUUAAAACCACCUAUCAAAGCUUAUGAUACAAACAAAUGGACAAUUUAUUCAACCCAAUUGUUGAGCCCAGGAGAGGUGUUGCUGGUGUUUCUGUGAAGGUAUUUUGAUUUAACUAGAAGGUUAAGUUUAAAGAAUUCCUGCAAUUGUUUGCGAGUGAUAUUCUGGCCCAUAGUAACAUAUGCCCAGUUGGAUAUGUGGGGGAUAUUUUGGAAAAACUAUCAAGGUGCUCUACCAACAGAUAUCACCUCUUCUUAAAACCACAAAUAGGUACACAUUUACAUCAAUUUGUGAAGUUUUGAGAAUUUUGGCUACAAUUUCUGGAACCUUAUGCACUUGUGAGAAAAGUAUCUCUGGGCUAAGGCGAUUAAAGACUCAGAUGCGAAACACAAUGUCGGAGGAAAGGUUGAGCAGCCUAGCAGUUAUCAUGUUUAACAGGUCAAUCACUGUGAUCUCUAAUGAAGUGAUAGAUGAGUUUGCUGAACAGAAAAGAGAUAAAGGCUUUUUGAAAUGUAUAUACUUGCUGAUUGAUUUAUACAUAGUUUACAUGUUUUAUAUAUUUUAGCUAUAUAUUUUUAUGUAUAUUGUUACUUAUUGUACUUUUUAACGCUGGAAAAAGCCUGAACAAGGUGAUAAAUUUUGUUACUAUUAGGUCCGCCCAUUUGGCGUAUUUUAACGCCCAUUCUGGGCGGUAAUCUCCCCCAAAAUUUUUUUGCUUAGUUACAUAAAAAACCUCGAUCCGACCCUGAAAGCUGUCCAUCAAAUUGGGAUUUUUGUUACGAAGUUAGAUACGACAUAUUAUACUAUUCAGAUACGCAAUAAUAUUUGUUACACACUUAUUUUUCAAAAUUGAUUUGUGAGACCUUCCUGAACGGAAAAUUCCUCGAACUUUUAAUUUUUGAUGGGUCCGUCUUGGGUGAACCGACUGACAGGAAGAAUAAAGACCACAAACCCACAAACCCCAAAAUUUGCGAAAUUCAUUAAUUCAGUUAAUUCUGCCUACAUUCACUUUAAAAAGUUUGGUGGAAACACCUCUAUUUACUAGUUAGUUAAACAAGUGUUUUGAACACUUACUUGUCUUAUCUUUUUUAAAAAGAAAAAAGAAAAAAAAAGUAAAAAUAGUUACCAAGAUGAGAUUCGAACACACGACGACUCCCGUGUCGGUGCUCAGAGAGGCAAAAAUUUCCAUUCUUGUAGGACACAUUUGCGUUUUAAUACAAGCUCACGAGCUUGUAAAAAGAGUACCAUUUGCUAAUAAUAAUAAUACUCAUAAAAUUCUUAAUUAGGUCAGAAUAAUGUUUUUUAGAUUUAUAAGGAAGCAGCCUACAAUUGGUAAUUUAAAUUUUCAAGACAUGUGAUAUAAAGUAUUACCAUGAGUUUUUAGCGCUUUGGCACGGAUUUAUAAUAAUUUGUGUAUAUAUUUAAGCAGUUAACUGAAAAUUUUCUUUUUGCCAUCUGCUUCAUUAGAAAAUACUAUAUUGUAAUAAUUUUUACAAUAGUACACGUUUUUUAACAUAAUCAAGACGGUCCUUACGCAGGCCAAUCUUGUGCUACCUCUGCGAAGGAGAGCGUUUUCAAGAUUUUCUACAUCGCCCCAAAACAAAUCGCAGCGCAACAUAAUGGUGCUGGUGUUGUUCUGCCCGGAUAAUGAACAUUGGCCUGAUUAAGUACGGCAGCUUGCCCCGGUUAAGAACAGGGCAGAAAAUACAUAAUCAGGGCAACAUAAUCAGGACAGGCCGGCUUAUUACUCAAAAAAUAUUAUUUGGCACUUAUAAAAGGAACAUAAUCAGGGCAGGCCGACUUAUGUAUGACAGUCAAAUAUUAUUCGACACUUAUAGAACGAACGUAAUCACGGCCGGCCGGCUUAUAUAUGACAGUGAAAUAUUAUUCGAGACUUAUAGAACGAACGUAAUCUGGGCCGACCGGCUUAUGUAUGACAGUGAAAUAUUAUUCGAGACUUAUAGAACGAACGUAAUCGGGGCCGACCGGCUUAUGUAUGACAGUGAAAUAUUAUUCGAGACUUAUAGAACGAACGUAAUCGGGGCCGACCGGCUUAUGUAUGACAUUUUUCUAUUAUUUCUCACUUAUUAUAGAACGAACAUAAUCGGGGCAGGCCGACUUAUGUAUGACAGUCAAAUAUUAUUCGAGACUUAUAGAACGAACGUAAUCGGGGCCGACCGGCUUAUGUAUGACAGUGAAAUAUUAUUCGAGACUUAUAGAACGAACGUAAUCGGGGCCGACCGGCUUAUGUAUGACAUUUUUCUAUUAUUUCUCACUUAUUAUAGAACGAACAUAAUCGGGGCAGGCCGACUUAUGUAUGACAGUCAAAUAUUAUUCGACACUUAUACAACGAACGUAAUCGGGGCCGACCGGCUUUUAUAUCAUUCGUGACAAGCAAAUAGGAAAGUAUCGCAAAUGAAACGAAAUUCGCAAUUUACGUGGAGCCUUUUUUUCUUUCGCCAGACAGGAUGUCUAGUUUCUUACAAAUUCGAAGAAAACGUUCGAAAAAACUUUCAUUUAAAUUUUUCAAUCGUCGGAGCUACACUAGUUUUAGUUAAGCCAUGGAAGUUCAUCGCCAAAAAUUUGAACAAUUUGCCCAGCGUUACACAGGCACUGGUAAAAGACCAACGAGUGGCACAAUAACAAGAGAGUUGGGGAAGAAAAUUUCCCAGAACUUAAAAAGCAAUGAGUCGGACAGUAAAAAGGGAAGCACGUCGCUUCAGAUUAUUGACCCAGAAGUUUAAACUGAUGAACUGCGAAGAGCUGGGAAUGGUGGAUAUUUUGAUUGUGCCUUCACAAGAAGCUAAAAACCAUACAAGUAAUCAAUCGAUACCUGAAGGUUACUUAAGAGUGGCAUACGUAGAUGAAUUCUUUGACAUCAUACGCUCAAUUCACUGUAAUGAAUUAAAACACGCUGGUGUGAAAAAGACAUUCAAAAAGGUUUCAAGUUCAUUUUGGGGUAUCCCAAGAUCGGUUAUUGAAGAGUAUAUCAAUCUUUGCGAAACUUGCCACUUAAAACAGCCACAGAAGACUGUACCGCCAAUCAAGCCUAUUAUAUCAAAUGGCUUCAUGAAACGCUUCCAAGUAAGUAACCACAAUCAUACCGACUGUUUCAAAACAGUCGAAGGUUAUCACUGA